AUGCCUACUGCCUCAACCAGUCAGAUUCUCGGGAACAGCGAAUGUUUUGAGCCAUAUACAUCAAACCUCUACAGCCACAAAGACUUGAGGAUCAAAACUUCAAUGAAGUUGGAAGAGGGUAUUUCUUCUUCCAUCGAGAAAUCGGAGGGUAUUUUUUCGAUUCUCUUCUUUCUCUCAUCAUUCUCUCUCAAUCGUUUACUUUUCUUUCCGAUAAUGAUGGCGACUGUUUUCUACUCUUUUCUUUCUGGGUCACUUACUCUUCUUCGUUACAACGUUACCGGUAACAGCGACAGUGUCGGCUCGGCGGAAAUAAUGGUUCCAGCAUCCGAUUACUACACAAGGCUUAACCAUGAAGAGAGUUGGUUUACCAGAUUCAUCUUCGUAAUCUUGAUGAUUCUGUUAGUCCCUUUGGGUCCUGCGCUAAUUUUCGACAGAAGUAUAUCCACUCGAUCCUCAUAUCCGGAGCUUCGUUCGGCUGUUACUUUGUCUUCAACUUUCUCGGAGCUUCAAUGA